AUGGAGCCUGUUGAACAAAGUCAUCCGCAUCACAAGGCUUCUGUUACUUCCCAAGUGGCUUCUUAUAGACUCAUCAACAAGCAAUCUCAUGCUCAAGCUCAUCUCACUCAUGAACUCACUCAACCAAACGAGCCUGGAAAUUCUUUCAUAACCAAUGUGUCUGCGGGCACAGAGCUUUCGGAUGAUGAGUCAAACAGUUUCAAUAACAAUCUGAAAAAUGAGGAAGAUGAGUUUUUCGAUUCGUUCCCGCCCGGUUAUCGUUUCAACCCUCUCGAUGAGGAACUUGUUGUGCAUUAUCUGAAGAAGAAGGUCUUGGAUCUGCCCUUGCCUCCCAACCGGAUCAUUGAAGUUAACCUAUACCGCCACAAUCCGGAAUUUCUUGCUGGAUUGUUGAAAUAUGGAGAAGCUGAAUGGUAUUUUUUUACUCCGAGGGACCGGAAGUAUAAAAAUGGUAGUCGGCCAAAGAGAGCAGCUGGUGAUGGAUACUGGAAGGCCACUGGAGCUGACAAAGCAGUUAGGUCUAACGGUGCUCUUGUUGGAUUCAGAAAGGCUCUUGUGUUUUACAGAGGGAAACCUCCAAAGGGUGACAAGACCAACUGGAUCAUGCAUGAGUUUCGAGUCAAGGAUUCUCCCGUUCGAAGAAAAAGGGGAGAGAAUGACAUGAGGUUGGAUAAUUGGGUACUCUGUAGAAUUUAUAAGAAAGUUGAUAAGAACAGCAAAAGAUGUGAAACUCGAAAUCAUGUCGAGGAUUCUCUAUCCCCGCAGCCCCAGAUUAUAAAUGGGGAAGGCAUGGAGAUGGAGAUGGAGAUGAGAACCCUUUUUGAUCCUAUGGUGGAGUAUGACAACAAAUACUCAAUCAUGCAAAAUGUUUAUGGUGUAUCACAUAAUGGCAUGGUUCAUAGCCAACUGCAAGCAGUCCCCAUGAAUGAAGUGCCCAGUUAUCCAAAUAUUGGGCACCCACAAGCAAUUGGUGCCAGAGCUUCAUCCAUGCCAUUGUUGCCUGACAGUCUGCUCGAGUCUAGAUACAUUGAUGAAUCAACUAUCCAUCCAGACGACUUGUACAACUUGAAGGCAUUUGAAAGAAGUCUCUACGAUACUUACCAAAGGCAAUUCCCACCUGUAGAGAAUUUUUAUCCCUAUUUGGAGUAG